CAUAUACUACGAGGCCCAUUGCAUAGCCUAUCCUUCCUUGGUUUCUCUUUUUUCCAUUUAAUUUUUUUCUUUUUGUUUGAGUUUUGACUUUUCCAAAUUGAAGGUCUAAGGACAGAGAAUGGCCAAUGUUGUACACACUAUAAAGCUCUCUGAGACAAAUUUGUGAUUUUGGGAUAUAUGACAAAUUGACCUAACUUGACACACUUUGAAUAUUACAAAAACAUUAACUACUCUCUGUUUUACAUACAGGAAGCCUUUUCAACCUGUGAUGUUUCUCUACCUGUGUACACUUACCUGGCAGCAGGGCAAGCCAGGCAAUGAAGGUGGAAACCCCUGCAAGUCUUGUCUUAAUGUUAUGUGGCCUUAGCUACAUCAAAUCAGGGCCUUAACAUCACCUCAGAAGUGAACCCUCCAACGGAAAAAAAGGCUUUUCUAAUUUAAUCCACCAGCCAACCAGGGACUGCUGGAGCCACUGAGGGAUUCCUCCCUGAUGAAAACCGCUUUGCUUUUGAAGGAAAGCUGCACUGCUAGACAUGGACUAUCCUCUACAACAACCCUCACCUGACCUGUGAUCUAUCUCUCUUUGUACCCGUGUCCAUUCAACCUCCCUCUUUUCAUACAGGACCUUCCUCCUCUUUGACUCUUUGUUCUCCUUGACCAUUCCCCCCAAUUGUCUCUUCUUUGUGUCUCUGGGCUUCCUGUCCCUUCUUGCUGCCAAGCUGGAUUUCCUACAGAUGAAACAUCUGAAGAGGAAGAGGAAGAGCAACUACAGUGUGAGAGAAACACAGACUCUCAUCAGGGAGAUCCACAAGAGGACGGACGUGUUGUUCUCCAGACAGCAGAACACAGCCAUUAAUGAGCUGAAGAGACAGGCAUGGGAGGAAGUGGCACGAGGUGUUAAUUCUCUGGGAGAGGGAGAGCUACGAACUGCUGCUGAGGUGAAGCGUCGUUACCUGGACUGGCGUGCACUGAUGAAGAGAAAACAGCUUCGGGCUGAGCUCUCUCUCUCCUCCUCCUCAUCCUCAUCUGUGGCCCUGAAGACUGAGUAUGAUCAGUCCUCCCCUGAGCAUGAGACAGCUUCUCUGGGAUCUGGGUGUGACCAGCUGCUUGACCUCUCAGGCCUCUCAAAGGAUUGUCACUGCGACUGGCCAGAGCUGGUGGCUCUCGGUGAGCCGAGUGGUCAGGCCAUGAUGGCACCGCUGGGUGUGAAGAUGGAGGAUGAUGUCAGUGAAUACAGACUGGAUGGUGAUGGUGAUAUGGGACACAGAGAAAUAGAUGAAGAUGAUAUUCCCUCCCUCCUCAGUGAAAUUGUGUCACGUGGUGAGGGGCAUGUUGGUGAUGUUUACUCCCACAAUGACUUGGGCAUGCUCAGCUCCUCCAAGGCUCCGACGUCCACCACCAACCGAGACGUGCCACUCGCUGGUGGCCUGAUGGGGAUGCCAGCCCAAGCUCUGGGUGGACUAAAUAAUCAUGAAAACGUGGGGGCAGGGUUUCGUGUUGCUGUUGAGAAACAGCGACUGGAACUGGAAAAACAGCGCCUGGCUGUGGAAACUGAACGUCUGGCAGUGGAGAAAGAGCGGCUGGUGGUGGAGAAGGAGCGACUUCGUCAGAUGGAGGUAGAGAGGGAACGGCUGCAGCUAGAGAGAGAGAGGUUACAGGUGGAGAGGGAGAGGCUGAGGCUUCUGCUCCUCAGCCAAUCAGAGCGCGUGGACUCCUCAUUUGACCUGCCGCCACAACAAGGCCCUCCUUCGUCCUCCACGUCUUCUUUAUCCUCCACUCAUGAUGGACAGAGGGAGAGAGAGAAAGAAAGUAAAGGCUGGGUGCCAAUGGUGGCUCUGGAGACAGAAAGGCUAAAACUAGAGAAGGAGAGACUGCAGCUGGAGAAAGAGAGGCUGCAGUUCUUCAAAUUUGAGGCGGGCAGACUGCAGAUUGAGAGAGAACGCCUCCAAGUGGAGAAAGAGAGAAUGCAGCUGCAUCAGGGCCACUGGGAAAAGGACUGAUAAGAGAUAGAGGAAAAUAUGCAUACAUACAUUUUUCACCAGCAUCAGGGGAGCUUUAAAACAACCCAGAAUGUGUGGAUUUGCAUCAGCCGCUGCUCCCCUUUCAAGUUCCACACAUGUAUCCUUAAGGAAGAUGUUUGGCACUUGUAAAUGAUCAUUACUGACUGGAAUUUGGUCAAGGAGAAGACUGAGAUGGAGGUCGGGCAUAUUUAUGACCACCAUGAUAAAGCAGUGCCUUAUGAUGUCUUCAUAAAAUGGGUGACAGGACAGAAAAGGUGCCGUCAUGAUAAAAUCUAGGAUUUGUUUGGCAUAUGCAGCUGGUUGGCCCUGAACAUAUUUGAUACAUAAAAUGUUCAGUACCUCAUCCAAAUGCACAAUGCACAAAAUGUGCAGUUUAAAACAUAAGAUGCUGGGAUAUCAAUAGAACACAUGCAUACUAGACAUGUUUUAUAAUGGUAGGAAGAAUGGAAGAAGAAUGGAAUUGGGAUGUUUUACUCUGCAUUUAUGCACCAAACCAGUGCCAACUUAUCUACUGCAUGGGUGCUUCUCUGUAUAAGUUAGCUUCCAACAUUAAAAAAGAAAGCACACAAUUGUUACUUGUACAGAGAGAUUUUUAUGCUAUUUAUGUUUUACUGUCAAGUGCUUGUGUUAAAAUAUCGUUUACAUGCUAAUGCUUAUAACUUUGUACAUUCCUCCUAUUUUAAACUGAUAUUUGCUAUUUUUCACAGCAGGUAUUUUAAUUUGUCAUAGCAUGAAAAGUGCAGGUGUUACUAAUACCA